AUGUCUGGCAGAAGGAAACCACCACCGCCAGGAUUUAAUUUCAAACCUCAGGAACAACAAGUUGAAGUUACACCCCCAAGAAAUCUUGAUAAACAGACAACAAUCACAGUUGAUGAUAAAACAUUUACUGUGCAUGCUGAUGACCUGGUAAAAAUAUGUGACCUUGGUCGAGGGGCAUAUGGUAUUGUGGAGAAGAUGCACCAUAAACCUAGCAAUACUACAAUGGCAGUAAAAAGAAUUUCUGCAUCAUUCAACAGUCAGUCGUUAGAACUAAAACGAUUGUUGAUGGAUCUUGAUGUCUCAAUGAGAGCUAGUGCAUGCCCUUACACAGUCCAUUUCUAUGGUGCCAUGUUCCGUGAGGGUGAUGUUUGGAUUUGCAUGGAAGUUAUGGACAUGAGUCUAGAUAAAUUUUAUACAAAAGUAUACAAAAACAACAGAACAAUAACAGAAAAUAUCCUGGGAAAAAUAGCAUUUUCUGUUGUUAGUGCUUUGCAUUACCUCUAUUUAAAAUUAAGAGUCAUACAUAGAGAUGUAAAGCCAUCAAAUAUUUUAAUCAACCGAAAGGGUGAAGUCAAAAUGUGUGAUUUUGGAAUUUCUGGGUAUUUAGUUGAUUCUGUUGCAAAAACUAUUGACGCUGGUUGCAAACCAUAUAUGGCCCCAGAAAGGAUCGAUCCAAGUGGCAAUCCAGGACAGUAUGACAUCCGAAGUGACGUAUGGUCCCUCGGAAUAUCAAUGAUUGAAUUAGCAACUGGGAAAUUUCCCUAUAACACCUGGGGUACUCCAUUUGAACAGUUAAAGCAAGUGGUUAAAGAUGACCCUCCGAGGCUACCAAGUGGACAAUUUACACCUGAAUUUGAAGAUGUGAUCACAAAAUGCUUACAAAAGGAUUAUAAGAAGAGACCAAACUAUGACGCUCUUUUAACUCAUCCAUUCUGUCUGGAACACAGUCAAAAAGAGACAGACGUGGCUUCCUUUGUUCAAGAAAUACUAGAUUUACCAGAUGACUCUUAG